AUGUUGGAUAUUGUGCUCGAUGAAAGGGAGAACAGUGACGGAAUCCCAAAAGAGUGUGGAUAUGCAAUGAUAGCAGCAGUGUGCUUGAGCUUUCUGUUGACUUUGCUGCAAAUUGCACACAUAGGAACCGUCUCUCUUCGCAAAGAAGUGGCGAUUCUCGCAUAUGUUUUGCAGAUAUUUUUCGUGAAUUUGCCUUUCAUGGCAAUACGCGUGGUUGUAGUUAAAAACAACAAAAAAGACGAUAAUGAGUCCAUCUUCAUAACAAAGAAUCUGAUCUCCAUCUUUCUCUCCGCGAUGCAGAUCUAUUGGAUCUGGAAGAGCUAAUUUGAGACUUCUUUUUGCAAAGUAUUAUUUAUUUUGCCACUCUAUUUGUACUUUUAGAAAUUCUUAAAACUAAUAAAAACAGUUAUGCAGUAAAGGCUUUAGUGUUGUUGUUAGACUCUCAUCGGAUCUGUCAAUCAAAAAAGUUUAUAUUCGAUAUGCAAGCUGAAUGUCGUUCACUAAGCAAAGAUACCCCCCAAAACUUCCAAUAUUUGACAGAAGUCGUUGAAAAUUAUUUUUAUAAUGUCGCACGUUUUGUUAUCUUUCACCUAGAUUCUUGUAGGUGAUUUCUUUUCAGGGAAUCCCUUGAAACUGACUAUCAGCAAACAAAUUCCUCAGAAAACUAAGCUUAGUGCGGCUUUAACAAAUUUGUGCGAAAUGUGAUAGUGAGGGAAAAUAUUAGAAAAGGAAGUUCAAAAGAAUAAAAGAAAAAACUACAAAUGAAAUUUAUAUAAAUAUUCUAAAAAGAACGAAUUUGAAGUAGUCAAAGAUGGCUUCAUCAUCAUGACGUAUCCAUGGAAAUGAAUGGUGUGUGAGGAUUCCCCUAGUCAUCUUUAUGUAACUUUUUUUCUUAGAAAAUCCAUAUGUCACCUGGUUAGGUUUCUCGGAAAUUGUUCAUUUGACAGCUUCAGAUUUUCAGCGAAUUGAUUCUUCUUGCAAAAUUCUCGUUAAUUCAAAAUCUUUAGACUCCUUUUUGUAAUUGAGAGUACAAACAAAACAAAAACAAAAGCCAAAAAAAAAAAACAAAAAAACAAAAACAGAGCCGCAGAUUAAAGUGCCGGUAACAUUUUUUUGCGUAAAUAUUUAGCAUAUCAAAUAUACAAACCAAUUCCGAUAGAAGAAAAAUUAAAAAAAAAACCUUUAUUAUAAAUUAUGUAUUUGCGUUAUUAAAAUACGAUGAAAGCUGUAAUUUGUUGGAUUUUCGUACGAUAAGAAAAGCGCAAAUAAAGGCAUGUGGAAAGACAAGGAGUAUGAGUACAUCUCAAGCGCGUGAAGUAAACAAUAAUAAGGAGUUCACCAUUCUUCGCUUGCGAAAUAUCAGCCGAAAAGAAAGUUGAACAAUCGUGUAUGGUGGGGAAACAGGCCCCUUAAUUAGCAUUAUUUUCAAAUGAAUUCAUUGGUUAUCUUCCUCUUAUUUGACUAGUGGUAUGUGUUCGUAACAGCAGUCUUCGAAACCGAUAGGGAGCAUAAGGCCGACGACAUUGAGGAGUAAAAUCUCUUCGAUGUGGACGAUCGAAACGCGUCCAUUUUGGCCAUACAGCUACAUUCUUUGGAAAGAAGUGUAUAGAAAUAUCUAGUAUAUGUGUAUUACUCUUGUAGCUAAUAUCAUUUGGCGCUCCAGCCACGCAAUACGUUCGUCCUUUCUUCGAGACUUUUUUUUCUCUACCAUAGUUUACGUCACAGCUAGGUGACAUGAUUGUAUUGGCCGCCAAAUCGUACUUUCAAUGCACAAAAACAAUGGUCAAGGAGAACUUGCUAGGCGCUAAGGUCGAUUAUUUCUAUUUUUAAAUACAGCUAUCAACCAGAAAAUGCAAAAAGCAAUUCGUGUCACAAGCACUUUAAAGAAGCUUCAAAGGAAUAUCAAAUCGCCAGCAGUGACCAAUUUAUGUAUGCAAUCAGUCUGUGCCAUGUAAGCUUCUGGAAUAUUCGGGUAAUUCCUUUAGCAUCAUUUGGUCAAGAUCGCUGUGGCGUUACCUCGUUGGCUGCUAAAUUUUUCAUGCAAAUAUAUGGUAUUAAUUCCUAUUGCAGUAGUCGGCACAAUUUGCUUCUUCCAGUUUCAGACAGCUUUCGUACAUAUAAUUAUGGCUUCGUUUUUCACAUGGCUCGGACGACUGGUCUCGUUUUUAACACGGUUCGGGCGAUUCGCUUUCUUCGGUCUGAUAACUUCACAGUAUUACGGUAUUAUUUUGGAAGGAUCGCGACCCACGAAUUUACAAGGUGAUUUAGUAUUAUCAACCGGGUUUGUGACGUAAAUCGGCACCUUAAAGAGUUUAAAAGCUGACGUUUCUCGCAAAUGCUUUGUAGAUCAUCUUCGUAAAUUUGGCGUUCAUGGUAAUGCAACUGGUGGUGCUUGUAAAGUACAGUAAAUGAAGUUCAAGAGAAUGAAAGAGGAAACAGCAAAUAAAAUUUAUAUAAAUACUCUGAGGAAAACGAAUUUGAAGUAAUCAAAGAUGGCUUUAUCGUAAUGAAGCAGUCUGUGGAAAUGAGUGGUGUUCGGGGAAUCCCCUAAUCCUUGUUAUGCAAAAUUUUUCCCAGAAACUCCAUAUGUCACCUAGCAAGGUUUCUCAGAAAUGGUUAUUUUGACAGGUUUAGAUUUUCAGCGAAUUAAUUUUUAUUGCAAAAACCUCGUUAGUUCAAAAACUUUAGAGUUUUUUUUUUGAGAGUGAAAGAAGAAAAACUUACAAUAAUAACAAUAAAGAAACAGAAACCCAGAUUACUUAAGUUACGUAGGAAUAUCCAGUCCCCAGCAGUGACAAAAUUACGUAUGCAAUCAGUCUGUGCAUGUGACCUUCUGGAACAUUCAGGUAAUUCCUUUAGCAUCAUUUGAUCAAGAUCGCUGUGGCGUUACUUCAUUGGCUGCUAAAUUUUUCACGCAAAUAUACGGUGUUGAUUCCUAUUGCAGUAGUCAGCACAAUUCGCUUCUUCCAGUUUCAGACAGCUUUCAUACAUAUAAUUAUGGCUUCGUUUCUCACAUGGCUCGGACGACUGGGCUCGUUUUUAACACGGUUCGGGCGAUUCGCUUUCUUCGGUCUGAUAAUUACGCAGUGCUGUUUUCUAUCUGCUUAUCUCGCGAAGUAUGAAGGUACAUCCAAUUGGUAUCUCAUGGUCUUUUCCUUUGGCCCAGCAGUUUUUGUUUGGAUUUUUUUUCUAUUUUUCGAUGCGUUGUACCUUGGCUGCCUCUUUCAAAUUUGGGGCCUGUACAUUGUGGCUUUGGUUGUAAACAUCGCAAUGGUAUUUGGAAAAGUCGGAGAUAGAAUCGACAAGACCGAGUUUUUAGGACCAAAUGUAUUGAAGAUGGUUCUGUGCAUUACACCACUUCUGCUACUACUGUUGCUAAACACGGGCGAUCUCGAUGAUUCAGACGACGAAGAAAGAGAGAUUGUUUCCAAGUUGUGUUUGCCCAUGGCCGUCGAUCUGUUCGAUGGAAUCGAGAUGAUAGAUAUCGUGUUAGAAGAAAGAGAGCACGACUUUGGAAUACCCAAAGCAUUCAGUACAGCAAUUAUCGUGUUGGCGUGGCUCAGUAUAUUGGCAUCUCCUUGGCAAAUGGCAGAAAUCAAACGUACCAAAGAGGGGCCGGAAAUUCGUGUCUGUACCGCAUUAUGCCGCAAUAUUGUUCAAAUAGUUUUCGUAAAUCUACCAUUCUUGGUUAUUCGUGCGGUGGUGUUCUUUAAGUUUGGCAAAGACGAGUCCAUCUUCAUUGCCAAGAAUGGCAUAGCAAUAAUACUUUCCAUCUUGGAAAUUCGUAAUCUACUCCGUUUACGUCGGGUUAGACAAGAAGACCAAGUAGAAUAA